UCCGCCGGCAAGGGCGGGCCGGUGGGAGGAGCGGAGCGGGCCGGGCCGGGCCGGGCCGCGGGACCAGGGGGAGCUGCUGCACCUGACCGAGGGGGGCGGGCGCCUCGCUGCCCGCCGGAGCCGCCUCUGCCCGCCGUUAGUCAGCGCCGCUCCGCCGCGCCGCCUGGCCCUGCGCUCCCGGCGCUGCGCCCGCGGGGCCGGCGGCAGCGCGCCCCGCUCCGCACCGCUCCGCCCGCCCCAUGGCUUCGUCGGGCAGCGGGAUGGAGGAGGUGCGGGUGUCAGUGCUGACCCCGCUGAAGCUGGUGGGACUGGUGUGCAUCUUCCUGGCGCUGUGCCUGGACCUGGGAGCCGUGCUGAGCCCCGCCUGGGUCACGGCGGACCACCAGUACUACCUGUCCCUCUGGGAGUCCUGCCGCAAGCCCGGCAGCCUGGAGAGCUGGCUCUGCGAGUCGACGCUGCACAGCGACUGGCAGAUAGCGACUCUUGCUCUGCUGCUGGGUGGUGCUGCCAUCAUUCUCAUCGCUUUCCUGGUGGGGUUGAUCUCUAUCUGCGUGGGCUCUCGGCGGCGCUUCUACAGACCAGUUGCAGUCAUGCUCUUUGCUGCAGGGAUCAUUCACAUAUACAGGAGCUUCCACACAGCUUCAUUCAACCCAGAGAGUAAAUUCCAGGACACAUUUUAAUCAGAAACCAGUAAAGCCUCAUGGGUAAAUGAAGAGGUUGUUGUGCCACCCACACAAGAAGUCGCAGCUAGCUGUCCAGCCACAUCACUCCUCUGCCGGGUUCGUCUUGGAAGAGAAGAGCAUGAUGGCCCUCUCCAUUGGCCUUUAGGAAAAACAAGGGCAUCCCAAUAUCUCCUCAGGAAAAGAUGGUGACUAAGAGAGGACAGCAGUGUGCUAGGAGCUUGUCUCUGCUCCCCCAUAAUGAUGAAUAUAGCUGCUGAGGAGAAGCGGAGCAUGAAGGCAGGGUGUUGUGAAAAAGAGAGACUUGCGUGGCCUGUUAGAUAUUUAAGACCAGAUGUUACCUUAAAGCUUCUGGUAAGAAGUAAACCUUUUAGGUACUUAGAUGAACAAAACCAUGCGGCACUAAAUAUUUACUUCCAUCCACUCCCCUCUUCAUUGAAGGUACCUUUCCUCUCUCCUAUUUGUCCCUUGCUACAAUAGGAUCCAUCAUAGGAUGAAACCAUUUUAGCCUCAGAGUACUGUGGUAACACCUAUUUUCUAUACAGCAAACUGACACACAGGAGGUUAGGUGAAUAUUUCGAAUAUGAAAACUUAACUUGCAUAUUGACAGUAUUAAUAGUAACAGCAGUCUCCCCUUGGCUGAUCACAGUACUGUACAAAAUUUGAAGGCUGCUCCUUUAUGGCACCAAUGUUACCUUCUAUUUUUGAAAGCUGACUAUGUGGAGAAGUAAGAGAUGACAAUAUUCUAUUUAAAUAUUCUAUUUAGUGCAGCAUGAUGUUUCACUUUGCAAACACACCUCUCCUUAGCCAUGUGAUAGUCAGUUUACAUAGUCACUUAACAGGCAUUUUCCCAUACUCAAGAUCCAUUCUUGAAUUAAAAAAUAGUUUGAAAACUGUAAAACACCAUUAAUUUAAGGACAUGUAGAAAGUGCAAGAUGUCUAAAUAAAAAGAAGGUUAGAAGGAAUAAGGUGGAUCACAAACAGAGUAGUGAUCAACAACGUCAUGUUGCUUGCAAAAAACCAAAUGUUACGCUGUUUAAAGAGUGUUGAAAGCUCAGAGUAUUUCCCUUUUAAUAAGGUCUCAGCCAAAUUACUGUGCUCAGUUUACAUGUGACCUUUUAAAGAAUCCUGAGCAGACAAGAAUGAUCAGAGGUCUAGAAAAAAAGUUGUAUGAAGAAAGAUUGGAAGAACUGUUUAGUUUAGAGGAUAAGGCACAGAGAGGAGUUGGAAUAACAGAUUUCAAUUAUAUAGAAGACUGGUUGCUACAAGUUAAAAGGCAAUACACUUUCUCGAGAGGAUAGGACAAGAAGUAACAAAAUUAAACUUGCAGCAAAGGAGAUCUAUAUUAGAUGGUAGAGAAAAGCUCUAACAGUAAUAGCAAUAUAUAAUAAUAAUAAUAAGAUACAAUAAAAGGAUAAAUGAAAUUCACUGCCUGAGAAGGCAGUGGAGACUACAUCACGGGAGAUUUUAAAGAAAAGAUUGAACAAUUACCAGUCAGAAAUAUCUGACUUACAGUUGGCUAAAUGACCUCUAAAGAUCUUUCUGGUUUUAAUCUCUCAGAGUUUCUGAUUUGGAAAUGUUGUGUUCAGAGCGAAGCAUUCUUCCUCCUCAAAUUUUACCCUCAGUGAUAACUUAAAACAAUGGCAACAUAGACUUCCUAUUUAGAAAGCCAAGGACUGCUCAGUGCACUUUCUCAGUUCAGCCAAUUUCAAGAAUUUACUCAGAGCAGAAUGAAAAACAUAAAGACAAUCUCAAUAUUAUGAUGGAGAAAAGGAGGUCUUGCAGAUUAAUCUAAAAUAUAGUUUUAAAAUGAUUACAAGAAACUUGAAAAAGAGUUAAGCAAAGCACAUAAAAUGCAUUUUGAUACUUGUAUACAUAUACACACACAAACUUGCAAAGGCUUAGUUACUAAAAAAGUUUCUUAAAUGUGGAUUUACUUGUGGAUGAGUUUUACUUUGGAGGAAGAAUGCUGAUAAAUGGGAACAGACCCAUAUGGCUACUUGCUCCUUUUUAAUAACAUUUUUCUUUUAACAGUUAUAUGUUAAAGAGCUCUUAAUCACAAUUUCCAGCAGCUUAGUUUCUCAAGUGGACUUUCCUAAAACACCUUUAAAAUCCCUCUUCUGUUACCAGAAGCUACCCUCUAUCCCACGUCUAUCUCAUUAAAGAGGCUGUAGGGAGUGUCCCUUAGGUGUAAGAAAUCAGCUGCUAAGCUGGUCAGUUGUCCUCUUAGGAAACACAGAGAUAAGACUGUGGGAACAAAGAAAAGCUCUCAGAUUGUUUUAUUCUCCUAAAUUGUUAUGACUGUUUUGAUGAUAAUGAGAGCACUUUGCCAUUUGUGUGAUGGUUUAGAAUUGUGUUAAUGUAGUCAGAUAGAAAUAAUAAAUGAAAAGCUGCUAAUGGUGGUUUUAACCAAAUAUUCUAUAACAUUCAGUCUGCAAGACUAUUUUUUUUGGCUCCCAGGAUUUUAUUUUGAGAUCAAGUUACUCAUAAUUAUUAUUUGCUAGUUAUUAUUUUUAUGCUUAUUACAGUAUAACCAAAGCUAGAAUUUUGCCUAGGAAAUAGACAAAAAAGAGAGCAGGCAGGUAAAAAACUAUGUUUUUUUUCUAAGGUUUUCUCCCUUAGCGAGAGGCAUGUGAGCUUAAAAAACACAUUAUUAUGCAGUGUUGUAUCUAAUGAGCUAAUCUAAAUGCUAUGGAAUUGUACUGAGAUAGCAUUAACUGUUUUCAGUGUUCUGUUCAUAUCCAGAGGUACCUGUGGAUUGACAAGCUAAAUCAAAACCUUCUUUUUAAUUGUCCAGACGGCAGUUAAAAAUUUCCUGAUGGUAUGUUGGAGCAUCUGGGUUCUAGUUCUCAUUUUUUCAUUUCAACUCUGAUAUGAAACUAUUUACAUAUAUUCAUUAUUUAUCUCUGCCAAAAAAAAAAUACACUUUGAUGUUUUAUACUUCAUACAUGUAUAUAUACCUGCUGCUUUUCUAAUGGUCAUUAUGUUACUUUAUCACCCUCAAGACACUCUACUACCUUAGUCUGAUUCAGUGUUUGUUAAAGAAACAAAAGCUACAUAAUCUAGCGUAUAAGCGAUGAACUUUAUUAAACAAACUGAUUGUAAUUUAAAAAUCUCUGGAAAAUAUGAAUGUUUCUAAGAUGGUUGGGAAGAAGGGAGAACUGAUACAAGAAGCAUGCAGUCCAUGCACUUUGAUUUUUUUAAGGGUAGUCUUGAAAUAUGUGGGACACCUGACCACUGCAGGACAUCUGCCACAUACGGAAACUUCUGCUUCAGGACCUGCAGCGGCUCCCUGGUGAGAGCAUGAGGAUAGGGAGCGCACUACCUUGUGUUGGAGCCAGAAGUUCCUCCUGGGGGAAAAAUAAAUACUACGCUAUAAUUGAGAAAGGUUGCUUGCCUGGAAAGUGGACUGCUGAAAUCGUGAAGUGAAGGCCCGUUUGCUCUGCUGGCUGGCUGUGUGCUACCAAAAGAGAAGUUGCGUGAGAUUCAUCACCACUUGUGCUUCAGCUCCAGGCUUUCGGGGUUCAUUACCAACCCAAAGGCACCCAGAAGAAGCACAGCUUUCCUCCUCUUGGGAAAGGUAAACCUCUCUGACCCACCAGGGGGGGGAAAGGUGUGCAACAGGAGCCUUUGGAGACCACAGGAAGUCAGUCACAGACCCCACUCUGCUGGGAAGUGGUGUGGGAUGGAGCCAAGGUCCUGAGGUGCAGCAAAUACAAAGGGUCCUCUGGAUGAAGCCCUCCCAAGGCUAAUGGGGGUAGUAGAUUGGGUCUUUCUUCAAAGAAAACAGAGCCUCUCUAAAGGGCCUGGAGGGCUUGCUUGCUUUUGUCACCAAGAAAGGUUCUUUUCUUAUCUAGACUGCUUUGUUUCCCUUUAAUGGUAUUCAAAAAAAGAAAAAUACAUUUACGAGAGAAUCCCCAAUGCUAGAGCAGUUUAUUUACCUAGCCUGGGGACUGAAGAGCCUAUAAUAUGUAAUUCAAUAUAUGCUUGGGUCCCUUUUGCUGAUAGCAAAAGAUGUUUAUAAUACAUGUUUGCUUUUCCCUAUAGGUAUCUGUGAAUGAAAUGAGAAGUUUAAUGAUAUCAUCUUGUCACUCUGUUGCCUAUAGACUGUAAGCCUUGGAUUCAUAAUUGCAUUAAAAACCAUAGCUUAUGCUGAUCAUUAACAAGGAGAAUUUCACACUGGAGAUUCAUUGUACUAAAGACCAGUUAAAUUACAGUAUGUGAAUGCACAUUACAGAUAUUAUGGUUCAUUUCUGGAAGGCUUUAAAAUAGUACAGUUAGAAGAAAUUUUCUUACAUAUCCUUGCCUGUGUAAAGCUAAAACCUGGAAAAAAGACUACUUAGUGUUUGCAGUAUUUGACUUUUCUCUCUGUAAAAAUCUUUUUCCUGUCAGUCCCAGGUCCAAUCACCCUGCCAGUCAUCCAGUGACUGGCAAAAGGAAUGUUACGGAAGCAGGCUUAUUCAUACUUUUUGCUCAGCAGAGAAGUAUACCUCCUUGGCUAUUUGAGUAAAAUACAACUCAAAAGUGGAUUUGGUGUCAUUAAACAUGGCUAAAAAAGCACAAAAAAAUUUUUUUAAAGGAAAGCAAAAUACUCUACCCUAACCUGUUAUGCUGAAUUGCUUCAUUCAGCAUUUCUACUCUAGAAAGCUUAGAGAAGAAAUCUAAAGAAUAGAGGAUAACAGGAUUCAAGGAACUGCUUAUACGCCACUCUCUCUUCUUUUGGACACUGAAUAGAUUGAACGGUUGAUAAAAUGUGAUUAGGAAAACAUCUUGCAGUUACACAUUCAUAUGAGAGAGGACUGCAGAUGAAGGAUCUGCCCAGUAGUUCUUUUUAAACAUGUACCUAAUUAUAUUGCAAGAUAUAGCACACUAGGGAAAAAAUCAGAGUUUCUACUUAAAGGGUCAAGGAAUAAGGCUUUGGAUAGAUCCUCCUUCUGGAAAAAAAAUGCAUUCCUCUUUUUUUGAGAUUUACACAACAAACUUACUAAUUUGUCGGGAUAGAUAACUUCUGUUACUGCCUGUUACUGCCAUCAUUUAUACAUAUCAUUAUCCCCAGUAGUUGUCCCUUAUCCAGUUUUUGCCUGGGGAGUUGUUACCCUGUCUAUUAGCACCACAGUGAAGGAACAGAAAGCAUAAUUCACAGGCAUAAAGAUGGUGUGGGAUCCUAGCUUUCUUAUAAAUAACUCUAAAUUAUAUAUCAAAAAUAGAAAAAUAGGUUUUGCCAGGAAGCGAACCAGGAGAGAACGCACCUGCUUUGCCCCCUGGAAUUUUGUCUGAACUCCAAAGAUACCAUGAAAUCAAGGCAGGAAUGGAGCAGUGGGCAUUAUGGUUCAAGAUGUAGAUAUGGAUUAAGAAAAUCUUACAACAAUAUAAAACUGAAUUUUCUUACUCUGGAAGUAAGUGGGUCAACUUCAAACUGCCCUUAGGGGAAUGUAUAGCCUUAUCCUAGUGUCUUAACACUCUAUAACAAUGUGUAGCAGGUUCAGACAAGCACAUAAAGCAGAAUUAAUUUUUGCUUUCUGACCUCUAUAUUGAUUUGCGCCUACCAAAUAAGCAGUUGUAGUCAGCUAACCAUGUGGGUGCUUUGCCCUUAUUUUUCACUAGUAAAAAAUAUGUAAAUUGGAGAAAAAUUAAAUGUUUUUCCCCUAUCCUUUACUACAAGAGGAAAUUAUGGGGCUAAAAGUUUAAGCAAAUAGCUAGAUUCUGGAGGCACCUCAGUCAUAAUCUUGGUACUGAAUUUGUCUCUAUCUGGGUAUGCGGAUAAAAAGCUUGAUUCUUUCUGAUGUUAUAUUUUGUGGGAACCACAAGACUGAGCACAAUCUUUGAAGUAUGGAUUUACAGUUCACAACCUCUGUUAUUUUAGGUUUAUGGUAAUAUAUAUGCACAUGUUUUGCUAGAAUUCUUAAUGCACUUCAGCUGGUUCUUAUUUCAAAGGCAGUCUUAAUAUUCAGCCAAAACUCUAGAACAUAUUUUCAUUUACAUCGGAGGGACAGAUCCAACUGUAAUUUUUUACUUUUUAGUGGAUGCCUAUCAGUAAAUAUUAUCAUUUUGGCUGUCCUUGUAGGUCGCAGGUUCCAUUUUCACUGGGAUAAAACAAUGCCAGAAAGAAUCUGUCUCGGAUUAUACAGCUGGGUACUGUGAGCACUCGUGCACACAUGGCUAAGUAAGACUAUUUCUAGGUAGAUACGACUGUGCUUGGUGUUGUCCCAUCUCAAGGACCAGUUUAUAGUUUCUUCUUGGACUGGUGCUCAUGAUUUCUGUCUCUCUGCAUGCUGAUGAGCUCUCAUUCAUGCCUCGCCUCACCUCACACUACUCGUGGCCACUGCAGCUGCUUAGUAUCAUCCUUUCAUCUUAAGGCUAGUCAGCUGGAUGCUGCAUUUCUGUUUCCUUUAGAUAUGUAGGUGUAUGUAAUAUUGAUUUAAAAACAGAUAUUUUUCACUUCUCCAUGCUGAAAUAACUCCUAAAGAACGAAAACAUGAACUGUGCUGAGACUGAGAUUACUUUACUCUUUUCUCCCUAGUAAUUAUUUAUGAGCACAGAGUUGCUACACUAGACAAAGUUCAUACCUGAAGACAUGAAAGUUGAGGGUAGCCUAAUGUGGAAAAGAAAUAAAAUGCAAAAUGUUAUGAGACAAAACAACUUCCUGGUAGGUAUAGUGAGUUCCCACUUCUGCAUGUUUAUAGUCAGACUGCAUGUAUUUUUCAUUUAAAUUAAUUCAAUUUUUCAUUGAAAUUUCAUUAAAAUUUUCAUUUAAAUGUACAUUUUCAUUUAAAUGUAUGAAGAAAUCUAGCCUAUCAUCCACAGGCCUCCUGUCAUUUAUUCUUUGAGUAAGAAAUUAAUUUUCUCAGCAUUUGCAAAUUUAUCUAUUCAUCAGUUUUAGUUUAAAUUAAUUAAAACUAGAUCCUUUGAAGGAAUUCACCAGCUGGAUUAUUCACUUAAUUGACCUAACUGAAUAAUUCUGAACCUUCACACUUUUUGUAUAGAAAGAGUCAAUUUUAAUCCUUAGCAAAGGUUAUUUGGAUAAAAUUAGGAUCCAAUUAACCUAAAUUAUUAGUAAUUGCAUUUUCCUGUUCAUGCAGGUUAUGAAUAGACUCAUUAACUAAACUGAUAAAACAGAAGUGGAAUUAUUGUGACCGAGUAUGCUCCAAGCAACUCAGAUUAUUGCUGUUGAUUUUUUUUAUUCCAGUUAAUAAUUCUAUUCUGAUAAUGACUUGGUGGCUUGAUGCAAACUCUUUUAUGGUAUAAAUUUAUAUAAAUAUCCAUAUACAUGUUAAGGGUUCUUGUUGGUGGACUGCUUGCUCAGCUCUCAGUACUUUGCGAAGGGUCUGUAACCACAUCAUAUUGCCAUGCUUUGAUCUCUUAACUCUGCCAUAAACACAAGGAGCACAAGGGACGCUUCAGAAAGAGCCAAAGACAGAGUCCCUAAGGCACAAGGGCUCGGGUGCUGCAUCUUCCUUGAGGCUUCCACUCUGCGUAAUGCUGAUCCUGUUGGCAGAGUCCUCUAAAUCCCUGAGUUGCUGCAGACUGACGGCCAACUUCAUUGGUGCACUUCAGCACCUAAACCUUAUCCAAGCAACUCAAAGGGUUUCCAAGCUGUGUUUCUGCAGGAAACAGCUGUUGCCAGAGACAGAGAACAAGAGACAGAGAAAAUGUUAGACUAUUCCCAGGUAGCUUCUAUUUACCUGAAACUGUUGUGCAGUUGCAUUGUCCAGCAAUACCUUCUUCUUUAAAAUGGCACUUGCCAUAUUAAAUAUCUUUAAAAAAUGAACUGGGAAGUGAAGUAAUCACAUAUUAUAACUAAUAAAACAAAGUAGUCUGACAAUAUUUGUAUAGGUACAGUGUAUUGGAUGACACUGUUUGGUGUAUUAAAUAGGUACAACAACUCUGCUCUUCUAAAGAUCCCAGAGCAAAAUGACAGGAAGUAGGCUGGCAAUUAAAUACAGUCAAACUGGCAGAUUCAAGAUAAAUUUAUCAAGAUUAAUUCCUAUCUCUCAGUCUCUUCAACUGGAGGUGCAAACUGUGAAUUUAAUACUGAAUUCUGCUGCACAGAUGUUCUAACGUGGUCUAAAGCUGUCUUUAAGAGCACUUCAUCAAAGGAAGUCAGAAGAUAGAUUCCUGCCUUCCAGAUCCCACUUCCAACUGUUUCCCCUUUCAUACGCAUAUAGUAAUUUCAGCAAUGAGACUUUUUUCUAAUGUGAGUUAUGCUGGGGAGUAUAAGGUAAAAUAUUAAUGCAGCCCGUUGUUUGAAUGGGAUCAAAAUUGCUUGAGACAGCUUUGCCAAAAUUAUCCCAUUGUCCCAUUAAAUCAGAGACUGGGCCAUUAAGGUCAUUGCCAGUGUGAGCUAAUAAAGUAAUGAAGCAGGAGGCUGACCUUUCUGCAAUAUAUUUUAGAGCUAAGCAAGCUUUUUUCUUUUUUCACCUCCUCCAAUAUUCUUCUUGAUUCAUUCACUUUUUAAAUGCAAUAUAUCUGACUCUUCGUUUCCCCCAAAACAAAGCAGCAGAUUUAUGCUAGGGCAAAACGCCAAGGCAGUGUUUCUCAUCUUUUUGUUCACAGCAUUUAGAAGGUGACCUGUGAAACUAUUACAGUUAAAAAGCAAAACAAAGCAAAAAUGCAACUUACAUAUAUGUGUGAGGGCUCUCUUUUUCUCUCCCCUGUAACUUGUAAGGUACCCUUGGCAGCACAGUCAGGGGCUGUCUUGUGACUGCUCUCAACACCAGCUGCUGAGCUCAAGGUCACAUUAUUUUAUUGAUUGUGCAGGUUUAAAAAUUUGUAAGCCAAAGAAUAAAAUUAUGGCUUUGUAAAACAGUAACAUUUUGUUUAUCAAAGGGCAAAAUGAUUUAUCUAUCCAAACUGGAAAACAGUAGCAGGUAAAAACAGGCCUACAUUCUUUGUUUGUUUAAUUUGGUGAUGGUCCACUGCAAGAAAGUUGAAGAACAGUAAGAACAAGAACACAGAAAGGGAACAGCUUGCACAGAACUGGUGUACCUUAAAAUACAGAAAGGGAACAGCUUGCACAGAACUUGUGUACCUUAAAAUACUUCUUUCUUUACAAGGAUAGGUAGUCUUACACAAUCCUAGUUAAAAUGUGCAGAUUUUGGUAAGAUUAAAUACAUCUAGAAGGAAAGUGGUGUAUAUAGCUUACUUUAUGACCAGCGAACGUUUGUUCCUUUUGCAAGAUGGAUGGAAAAAGCAAGUGUCUAUACAACUCACUCCUGUUGUCAGCUGAAGAAACACAGGCAAAUAAACUUAGAUCUCAAUAGACAACUUAAUUAUGCUACCAGUGUUUCUUUAGGAACACAAUUUUCACCUGUUUUGAAGUCAGUCCAAUUUAAAUUCCCGUUUUCAUCCUGAAAAGGCAAUUUCACUACAAGGAACCCACAUAUGGCAGGGGAAAAGGUAGUAAAGAGAGUGAGUAUUUGCCUUUGAUUUCUAAAGACUUGGCUCAAUACUUAAACCAUGUCAAAUGAAAAUAAACUGGAGUAUCUCAUUCCAACCCCUGUUUGCAGAUAUUAUAGGACCAUUACAUAGUUCAGCAGUUUGCCAAAAGCAGCCAUCUCUGCUUGAAAGAAACUCAAAGGAUGACAUAACAUGGGCAACCUGGCUGCAGACAGAAACAUGUUAGCUGACCUAUACAAAGAAAAUUUUAUGGACCUGGCAUGCACUGCGUAUGUCUCUGACAUUGGUCUCCUGCCUUCCUGAGUACCACGUUCUUGCAUGCCAUAAGGCAUCUAUGCGGAAAUACACAGGGUAUGGGAAGCGGUUUAGCCAAGGUGGCGAUUUCUGAAGGGUAACUUUGUUCUGCCCAUCCUUCCCCCCUCCAAAGCAGAAAUGGUGUUUACCUGCUCAGUGUUUAUGAUUCUUACUGCUGCAGCUCAUAUCACAACAUAAAGGUGAACUAAUAAUUUGCAGUUCCUUAGGUUCAAAGAGAGGAGAUGGGAAAAGCAGGUUCCACUGCCGUCAUUUAACAGUCUGCAAAAAGAGACGGAGAAGGGGCUUCUUAUUUGCUUCUGAGUCAAGAGAAGGCCUGUUUAAGCCUAAAAUGACUUUGAAUUGGUUUUCAGAACAAAAGCAUAUCCAAGGAUUGCAAGCACAUAUGCUGCAACUUUACUUCACAAGAGUUUUGCUGUUUCUCAGGUGCCUGCUGUUUAUGGGGUUUGCAUAGGGGGAAAAAAAAAAGACAAAAUAGAGGGCAAGUAAUUAACUCUAUUCCCGGUUCCUUUAAAAGGUCCAGUCUGAAGUAACUCAGGAUGUCAAUUGUAAGUCUGCUUCUUCUAUCCUUGUUAGAGUAGUGCUUUACUUUUCAUGUAAGCUGGCUGAGCUUGUCAUUUGUAGAGCCGUCUGUAACCUUUUCCAUGCUCUCUGUUUUUUUGCCCCAGCUUCCCUACCUCAGGUAGGGUCUAAUUUCAUUUCCAUCACUAUAGACCCAACAUGCAAAGUUUUUCCCUCAGCCUGAGACUCUUCAAGGCUCAAAACCCUUGAAGCAAUCAAGUGUUUUGUUUAUAACUCCUGAUACAGCAUUCUUCCCUGCAUGUAAGCACAUCUUGCAGUCUCUGCUGGGCAAAUGACUUCAGCACGUAAAGUUGCACGUUGCCCUGUGACAUCUUCAGAGGGGCCAGUUCCUUCAGCACAGUCUUGCCUGUUGGCUGGGAGACACUGAAGACCUGUAGUCAACUAGGAAGAAAUGCUAGGCAGAGAGGCUUGGGUGGAAUUUAGACCACUUCAAUAUGGGUAGCAGUACUGAUACCAUCCUCUGGAUUUCUCAGGCAGACAUCAUUUUUCAGGCUCUCCUUUUAUUAUUUUGUGUGGCUUAAGAAUAUCUCAGUAAAUGUCUUUCAUCUUUUUUUUUUAUUUUCGCCUCUUAUAAAGCAAAAUUCUUUCUCUGCCACCCCCCAGCCUUCUAUUAGGAGAAAAAUCCUGUUAAAUAUAUGUCUGAGCUCAAGAUUUGUUUUGUGUGAAUUUUGAACCUUAAAUGUCAAGUUCAAAGAUGUAACCUGUGGACCCAUUUUCAUGUUUCCCAAGGCACAGAAAAGAUCCCCUGCUGGGUAUGCAACAGCAAAAUCUUUUGAACGUAGAAAAGAAAGUACAGGGAAAAGUUGGUGGUUGUUAAUUCCUUUUCUGGAUGUGGGUGCAAAGCUAUUGUACAUAAUAUAUUCAUUAUUAUAUCAUUUUUGUAACAUGUAUGCUAAAUAAAUUUUCAGUUUAACUAUUGUGAAUUUUA